AGGUUUGUCAGAAAACUCUGACGUGUCCCCCAGAAAACAACAUUUGCAAUUUUGCAUACGAUGCAUAGACGCCAAUCACACAUCAAGAUAAGGUUAGAUCGUCAUACAAUUGUGAAAUAUCUCAUGUGAUGUCUUAGACUCGAGGGAGAGUUGAUUAUGGCAAAUGCAGGAAAUUUGAUAUCACCAAGAAGCUUCAAUCCAAUAUUCAAUCCAUGCCACCCUGCUACUAAGCUCAAAACCUUCAGGUUGCUCUCUCGGAUUCACUCUUACAAUAAUGCCACUGUUACUGCUUCUACCAAAAGAAAGGAUAACUUGCACUCUCCAUUGAUUGGGAAGAAUACGAGCAGGGCUUCUCGCCGUCUGAUCACAAUAUCACCAGGUGAUGGCAGAUAUCAUGGGGAUUGGACAAGUGAGUAUCUCGUCUCUUUGCAUGACCUACAGUUACAGGAUUUGAUUGAAGAAGAUAACCCACAUAAGAAUGCCCAAGUUUUCAUUAACCUCUCCGUCCAAAAGCAUGCUAGCUUUGGUUUAUCCGUGGAUGGAAGAGUUACGACAUCCUUCACUAGAAAAUGUAGCAACUGUUCUACUCCGUAUUGCCGACAGAUUGAUGCCAAAUUUAACGUAUGGGUUCUUAUAGCACCUAGAGAUAACCGCAAGGUACAACUACCUGAAAUCGGAGGAGAUCCUUAUGUAAUAUAUGUUAGACCGGGAUACGAAGUUGAUCUUGAUUCUCUUGUACAAGAUGCUAUCCGGCUAAGCUCCUCAGUAAAAGACACUUGCUCGGAAUUGUGUGAGAAAUCUGAGGGUACAAUACAAUAUAUAACUGGACAAAGCAAGGCUUCUGUUGAUAAAAGGUGGUCUAGACUACUGGAACUAAAGAAGACAACUUUAUGAUUUAUAGUAUAAAAUAAGAAGUCUCAUGUAUAGAAUAGUCGUUAGUUUGCAAAUAGAUUGUAUGUAUGAUGUAUUGAUGAAUAAUAUUCUCCUUUCUGAGAGGCAUACCAUUACAAAUGAAUGUUUAAUCUAUUUUACUUAGUUUUGCUUGUGUA